UUCCUUUCAACCAAAAAUAACCUCGAAGCAUCUGCUUAUUUUGUCCAAUUGGUAGGGGUAUAACCGUCCCGUCACUUGGUUUCGUACCCUAAUUCGCCCCCAGCGAAGCAAUUUCAUAUCAAAGAAAGACUAGCGCACGGUUUCUGCCUUCGCAACAUUCACAUAUAGUCUUCCUCCGAGAGCUUCAGUUAGGGUUAGGGUUGCGGUUUUCUUUAACUUUCUCGCGCCUUCUUUUUUGUUGAUUUGCGAGAGAGGCCUGCUAGGCUGCGAGCUGCGAGCAAUUGACAAUGGGAGUUCCAGCAUUCUAUAGAUGGUUGGCGGAGAAGUAUCCGCUCGUGGUGGUCGACGUGGUGGAAGAAGAACCCGUUGUAAUCGAUAACAUAUCGAUUCCGGUUGACACCAGUAAACCAAACCCUAAUGGUCUUGAAUACGACAAUCUUUACCUCGACAUGAACGGGAUUAUUCACCCCUGUUUUCACCCCGAAGAUAGGCCUUCUCCAUCAACCUUUGAUGAGGUAUUUCAGUGCAUGUUUGACUACAUAGAUAGACUCUUUGUGAUGGUGCGACCUCGAAAGCUAUUAUACAUGGCUAUUGAUGGCGUUGCCCCCAGGGCAAAAAUGAAUCAACAGCGGUCUCGCCGAUUUAGAGCUGCUAAAGAUGCAGCAGAUGCGGCAGCUGAAGAAGAACGGCUACGUGAGGAGUUUGAAACGGAGGGGAGAAAACUUCCACCCAAACAGCAGUCACAAGUUGUUGAUUCUAAUGUUAUCACUCCUGGGACUCAAUUUAUGGCUGUUUUGUCAGUUGCAUUGCAAUACUAUGUCCAUCUUAGACUAAACAAUGACCCUGGAUGGAAAAAUGUUAAGGUUAUUCUUUCUGAUGCAAAUGUCCCAGGUGAAGGGGAACACAAAGUUAUGUCAUAUAUUCGCCUUCAAAGAAAUCUUCCUGGUUAUGAUCCAAAUACACGCCAUUGCCUGUAUGGUUUGGAUGCCGAUUUGAUUAUGCUUGCUUUGGCUACUCAUGAAGUUCAUUUUUCAAUUCUUCGAGAGGUUGUUUUCACUCCUGGACAGCAAGACAAAUGCUUCCUAUGCGGUCAGAUGGGUCAUUUAGCGGCAAAUUGCGAAGGAAAGGCGAAACGGAAGGCCGGAGAGUUUGAUGAGAAAGCUGAUGGCGAGGCUGUGGCCAAGAAGCCAUACCAGUUUCUCAACAUCUGGACUCUUAGAGAAUAUUUGGAGCUUGAGAUGCAAAUUCCCAAUUCCCCAAUUGAGAUUGAUUCUGAGCGCAUCGUAGAUGAUUUUAUAUUCAUUUGUUUCUUUGUUGGCAACGAUUUCUUACCACACAUGCCGACACUGGAGAUUCGUGAGGGUGCGAUCAACUUGCUUUUCGCUGUAUACAAAAAGGAAUUUAGGGCAUUGGGUGGAUAUUUGACUGAUGGAAGCAAGCCGAAUUUGAGUAGAGUAGAGCAUUUCAUUCAGGCAGUUGGUUCUUAUGAAGAUAAAAUAUUUCAGAAAAGAGCUCGAUUGCAUCAGCGGCAGGCAGAUAGAAUAAAGCGUGAGAAGGGGCAAUUGAGAAGAGGAGAUGAUGCAAGGCCCGAAGUGCAACCAGAUUCAUUAGUUGCAGUUUCUCGUUUUCAUGGUUCUCGUCUUGCUUCAGGUCAUUCGCCUUCCCCCUAUCAACAAUCUGGAAAAUUUAAUGGUCAAGCGAAUCCUCGAAAGGUAGCACGUUUGUCUUUAGAGGGGUCAACCAUCGGUGCUGCUAUUGUUGAAGCUGAGAACAGUCUUGAAGGAGAUGUAGAUGGAAACAAAGAAGAAUUAAAAGCAAAGUUAAAGGAGGUUCUUCGCGAGAAAUCUGACCUUUUUAACUCGGGAAAUGGUGAUGAAGACAAGGUUAAAUUGGGAGAACCUGGGUGGAAAGAUAGGUAUUAUGAAGAAAAGUUUUCUGCAAAAACUCCUGAAGAACGUGAAGCAAUUCGAAAAGAUGUUGUUUUGCGAUACACGGAAGGUCUAUGUUGGGUGAUGCACUAUUAUUAUGAAGGGGUUUGUUCAUGGCAGUGGUUUUAUCCCUAUCAUUAUGCACCAUUUGCAUCUGAUCUCAAGGACCUUGACCAGCUAAAUAUAAGUUUUGAUUUGGGCUCUCCCUUUAAACCAUUCAAUCAGCUGUUGGGGGUUUUUCCUGCUGCAAGCUCCCAUGCCCUUCCUGAGCAGUAUAGGAAGCUGAUGACUGAUCCAAACUCACCUAUCAUUGAUUUUUACCCUGUUGAUUUUGAAGUGGAUAUGAAUGGGAAGCGGUUUGCUUGGCAGGGUAUUGCGAAGUUGCCUUUUAUUGAUGAAGCCCGUCUUCUUGCUGAGGUUGAAAAACUCGAACAUACAUUAACGGAAGAGGAGACCCGUAGAAACAGUGUGAUGUUUGAGAUGCUUUUUGUUACAUCGUCUCAUCCUCUCUCUGUAUGCAUAUAUUCUCUUGACAAUCGCUGUAAACAGUUGACAGACAAAGAGCGAGUUGAAGUUAAGGAGCAGAUCGAUCCCAAGUACAGGGAUGCAUGCAGUGAAGGUAUGAACGGUUAUAUAUCUCCUUGUACUGGAGAGCCUUGUCCUCCGGUGUUUCGGUCUCCUGUUGAAAGCAUGGAGGAUAUUAUGGACAACCAAGUAAUAUGUGCGAUAUACAGACUACCAGAUGGGCAUAAGCAUAUAACUCGACCACCUGCAGGUGUUAUAUUUCCUAAGAAGAUUGUGUCAGUGGGGGAUUUGAAGCCUGCACCUGUUUUGUGGCAUGAAGAGUCUGGGCGAAAGCCAUUUGAAAAUGCCAGAAGGCCAUUUGAAAAUGCCAGAAGGCCAUUUGACAAUGCCAGGCAGAACCCUCCUGGAAGCAUUUCUGGAAGACAUCUCGAGGAAGCGGCACAUCGCCUUAUUGUUAAUAGCUUACAGCCUAAGGUAGACUCCAAUGGGUAUGGCAAUCAGAUGCAUGCCCUUCGACCAUCUUAUGUCGGGCCUCCGAAUUACCCACCACACCAUUCCUACACCAAUAACGGAAGCUAUGCACAGGGACACAGUAGAAUGCCACCACCUAGAACAAUCCACCAUCCUCAAGCUCAACACCGAGCUUCCAAUGUUAAUGCCAUCCCAAGACAUGGUGACCCUGCAUAUAAUGAUCGACAUUCUUCAUCAGCUGCCCACCAUCAUCAGAAUAGCUCUCAUACUCAACAUUAUGAAAGGAGUUCUGGGCAAGGAUACCACCAUUCAGGAAAUCACCAGAGCGGAGGACCAAUCUACCCUCAGAGACCUAUUCCACAAGCUCCACCAGGAGUCACUCCUGUUCCUUAUCAAGGUGGGUAUAACAACUAUCAGAAUUACCAACCAUCUGGACCGCCUGCUCAAGGUUUUGAUGGCUGGGUUCCACAGGUUAGCCAGAACCCGGGCAGAGGGUAUGGCCGCCCUCAACAGUCUGGAAACCAGUACUCCGGAUUGGACAGAAGAGGCCAUAGGAGGCCACCUCCACCCCAGCCUGGGUAUGGCCACAAGUAGAGUGAGUUUCUUCUGCUUGUGCUGAAAUUGUUGUACUAUAUACUCGGAUGUCAAAAUGGCAGCAUAAAUUAUUUUUCGAUUAGUUGUGUUUCUGUUACACUAUAAGCGCUAUCCAUGGAGUGGCGACUCGGCAAAGUAUUGGUCGGUGGAGAGCAGAUUGUAUAAGUGGGACAACCCCAAAUUGUCGUAACAGGUGAGAUUCGAGUAUUGAGUGCAUGAGUAAUUUAUUUUUUCAAAUUGUAAUCGCGAUAGUGUACUGAGUUAAAUUUUUUCUAAUUGUACUAGCUGGUUGCCAUGAUAAAAGCUUUGGUUGGUCUGUUUAUUUUUUUUUUCAUAAAA